CGGGCGGACCGGGAGGCCGGGGGAAGGGAUUAAGCGGCGGACUUGUCAUCAAGGAGCAGCCAAAGGGAGUGGAUCCAGCAUCCAGGAUCCAGGCUCGCCACCCAGAGUUGAGUGCUCAGCGCGGGGGGAACGGCACAGACCCCUCCCUCAGGGGUGCCCAGCGGCCACCUGCAGCCAUGGACCUGGAUGAUGGCCACGAUGUGCGUCUGGCGUUUGGAAAGGCUCACGGUUCCACCAACCCCGCGAUGCUCAUCAUCGGGGCUGAGGACGAGGAGUUUGAGAAUGACCUUGACCCGACGGUCGAUGAUAACUGCAGCCACUUCCAAUGCAUCGAGCUGCUAAAGGAUCGGCCGACGUGCCUCAUCAUCUUCCUCCAUCAUGUCAUCCUGCAGUUCGACGCAGCGGCUGUGCUGUGUUAUCUGCAUGGGGAGAUGUUUAAAGGAGCCAAUCUCAAAGACACUCGUCGAAUGUUUGUGGAUUAUUGCAGCACCUUUCUGGACAGAGCAGCGGUCCUCAAGGUGUCUGUGCCACAUGAAAUCUCUUUUGAGCUGGAUCGCUGCCGUCCUGACAUGCUUUGUGAAGAAGCUGUGAAGAACAUUGUCAAAGGCAUGCAGAAGUCUUUGACUCUGGAGAUAUACAACCAGCUGGACGAUUUCAGGAACAAGCGGAUGAUGGGAAUGACGAUUGGCGAACGGGAAUUGGCGGAACUGGAUUCGGAUCGGCACAUUGACCCGGCAGCAAUGGAAUUGAAAGAGAGGACACUGGCAGAGCAGCUGUUACCCAAAGUCGAAGAAGCCACGUCCAAUACAGACGACGAGAGAAGCACAUCUGUGUACAACGCCGUGGUGACCUACAUGAAGCACCUCGGAGUGAAGACCAAGGAGCCGCGGAUACUUGAGAAGAAACGGCACUUCUUGAUGCGCAGGAAGGGGCCUACGCCAAGGAAGGACAGUGAGCCAGUCAGGCCUGAUGAGAAGAAGAGGAAGGGGAUUGGCAGCAUUCUGGAUCUGCGGCGACAGCCUCGCAAUGAGCCCAGCAGCAGUGCCGACCCACGACCAGAAGGAGUGAAAGCAGCUGUCGACCGGAAGAAUUCCAGCCAUGCGGUCAAAUCGCAGCUCGACUCCAUCACCGGCAGGCACAAGGCCAGCGGAGCAUCGCUCGAUGUGUCCGAGAUCAGCGGGACCUCUGGGACCAGUCAGGCACUCCCCAGGGAAGACUCGGAGUCUGACAUAGGUCACCCCUUGAGCAGCUCGAGACCAGGGAAUGAGAACCAGCCCUUUCCUGACUCCGGAGAUGGCAGCCUGCGGACAGGAGCCUCGAGUGAGCAGGUGCCCGGAGGAGAGCACGGGCCGGAGGAGGGAGCCGAGAACGAGAGAAGGAAACUCAGACUGCCAGCGAAGCUGCGUCGCUCGGAGAGCCUGCGCACCUACAGCGAGCGCCGACGCUCUAACAAAGGAACAGCCAAGGGCAAGCAGCCACGCUCCCGGAGCGACGUGGAUAUCCAGGCAGCCGCCACAGCCAGCGACCUGCAAAGCCAGAACGUUGAGCCCGGUGGGAGUGGAGGACCAGACAGCCAGCAGUCCUUUCUGUCUCCCCAGUCUGAGGAUAAUGGGCCGCGUGUUUCGGAGCUGGAGGCUGACCCGCCGAGCUGGCGACAACUCAUCAACUCCGAAACCCUCCUCAGGCUGAAGAAAAGUGAAGUCAAGCGGCAAGAAGUCAUCAACGAGCUCUUCAUCACAGAACAUGCUCAUGUCCGAAUGCUGAAAGUCCUGUAUGAGGUUUUCUAUCAACGCAUGCUGAUGGAGUCCAUCCUGACUGACACCGAACUUCAGAGCAUCUUCCCCAGCCUGGACGAGCUCAUCGAGGUGCACGCAUCUUUCUACGAAAACAUGAAGAAGAUUCGUCAAGACAACGGCUACCUUGUGACAGAGAUUGGCGACACCUUACUUGCCAGGUUCCAUGGCACGGAGGGAGACUGGUUUAAGAAGCUGGCCUCUCGGUUCUGCAGCCGGCAAUCAUACGCCCUCGAGCAGAUUAAAUCCAAGCACAGAAAGGACCCACGAUUCAGCCAGUUCAUACAGGAUGCAGAGAGUAAUCCUCAGUGCCGACGCCUGCAGCUCAAGGACAUCAUCCCCAUUGAAAUGCAGCGAUUGACCAAGUACCCCCUGCUACUGGAGAACAUCGCCAAGUACACAGAUCAACCGACGGAGAAACAGCAGGUGCAGCAAGCGGCCGACUGCUGCCGGAACAUCCUGAAGGAUGUCAACCAGGAAGUGCGGGAAACCGAGAAUCUCCGGCGACUGCACGAUUACCAACGGCGCCUGGACGUCUCGAACCUCAGGCAGAGCACUGACGUGGUCGUGGCCGAUUUUAAGAACAUUGACCUGACUCAGCGUCGAAUGGUGCAUGAGGGACCCCUGAUCUGGAAAUUAACAAGGGAGAAAGCUGUUGAUGUCCACGUGCUGUUACUGGACGAUAUCCUGGUCUUGAUGCAGAAAGUGGACGACAAGAUGGUGUUGAAGUGUCACAGCAAGAACUCGAUGGGGGUUUCUGAGGGGAAGCAGAUGCUGUGCCCCAUCAUCAAACUCGGCAGCGUUCUCGCCCGGGACGUCGCCACAGACCGCAAGGCCUUCUUUGUCUUGUUCCAGACCAGCACUGGGGCGCAGAUUUACGAGCUGGUGGCACAGACGGUCUCUGAGAGGAGAAACUGGUGCGAGAAGAUCCUGAGCACGCAAGAAGCCCUCAGUCAGCUGAAGCCCUCAAUGGCGCCCAGGAACAGUUUGGUGCCACCUACGGCCAACAUGCCCCUUAGUCCCACCAUGUCCUACAGGGAGCCGAUGCUCAACUCCGAGAACAGUUUCUCAACUCGUGACAGAAUCAACUCCGACUUCAGUGCCAAGGAGAGUGACGGUGUAUCACAGGACAGUGGGACCGGUGAACCGAGUGUAGACGAUCGCCCUGGGGCUGACAUCCUGGGACAGAGUGUGGGGCAAGCACUGACGGACCUCCUCAAGGCCAACGAUGUGGACCUGAUGAAACUGGCCUCAGGACCGUCUGAACACGUCGCAGACGAAGCAUUGGAGGAUGUCCACACAAUGAAGCGGACGCUCCACAGGGGCAAGAGAAUCUCCAUGGAAUCCUCCCUGCGGUCCCCCGAGCCUCCGGGCGAGGGGGGCCAGGACCCAGGCAGCGGGGCCGGUGAGACCGGCCUGGAAGGCGAUGGGGAGGAAGGAGGGUCAGAGGCAGAGAGAGAGAAGGAGCCGGCUGUGCCGGAGGGAGAGCAGGAAGCUCGAAGCGAAGGGGAAAAUGGUCACGAGAGAGGAGAGACGGAGAGCGUAGAGGACUCGACAGAGGCACAGGGAGACGAGAAGGAGCCGGAGGAACCGGUCAAAGGAACAGCGGAGAAUUUGCACACACAGCCCCAGCUAUCUGAGGGUCCCGGAGGGCCCACUCUGAAUGGCGGGGAGACAGAAUUCAGCUGCAGCCCCCUCUUCCUGUCCCUGGAACAAGCGGAGGAGAUGGAGCGGAAAAUGAACAGCCUCCUGGUCAAGAUUCAGCAUCUAAAGGCGAUGGAGGAGGACUACCACCGGCUGCGGCAGGCGCUGGUUAACCUGACGAUGGCACCGCGCCAUUCACCCCGAGACAGCAGGCAGGUGUCGGGUGAGAGGUGGUGAAGAGGGAGCUCGCUGACGUACCCAGCUGUCAUCGCUCUGCAACUUCAUUUUAAUUCCUCACUUCGGGGUGUCCUUCCCUGUUGAUGGUGGGGAGGUUUGUGCGGGGGUCGGGGUGGGGGG